AUGGCUCACGGCAAUGAUCUGGUUCAUAAGAACCACUUCCGCAAGAAGUGGCAAUUCAUGGUCAGGACAUGGUUUAAUCAACCUGCUAGAAAGCAUCGUCGCCGGGAAGCUCGCAAGGCCAAAGCCAAGCGCAUCGCUCCUAAGCCUGCUUGCGGACCACUGAGACCUAUCGUUAAUUGCCCCACUUUGCGCUACAAUAUGCGGGUUCGAAUGGGUCGGGGUUUCACCUUGGAGGAACUUCGAGCUGCCGGUCUAAGUCGUCCAAUUGCUCGCUCCAUCGGCAUCGCAGUUGACCAUCGGCGUCGCAACUGUUCUGUGGAGGGUCUCCAGCGUAACGUUGCUCGCCUUCGUAAAUAUAUGUCGAGGAUUAUUCUCUUUAAUAAGGCCAAGAUCUUGCCUGUGCCUUGUCAUGAAGGUGAGAAGGGUAAGGUAAAGCAGCGCAGUGCACUUCCAUCAAUUCGGCAAAAGUGUGUCUUCGAAAAGUCUCGGAAGAUUACCGAUGCAGACCGCAGAUAUUCGGCUUUCCAUGCUAUUCGCCAGCAUCGUGCGAAUAUGCGCUUGGCUGGCAAGCGUAUGAAAGCGCGGAUGGCCAAAGCCAGCGAUUAA